GUGAGAUGCCUGUGGUUUUACGUAGCUUAAUAUGGAGGGAAACAAGUUGAGUCGUCCUGUUUCUUUAGAUGGAGGAUCAUACACAUGUGUAUAUUUAUUGUUGAGGGACUGAAAUGUUUAAAUUGAUUUUUUUCCCCCUGUAUUAAGACGAUAGAAUUGUGACAGACUGAAGCGCUUGUCUUCGUGAUUGUAACUAAUGUGACGUGGAUUUUUUUAUGUGCGUCGAUUAAUUACAAAGCUUGAUGAAUGGAUGUUUAUAUUUACAUGUACAUUCUACAUUUAAAGGAGGAAUUUUAAAACGCAGGUACCAUAUCAAAUUAAAGCUUGUUUCUGAAUAUCCCAAAUACUUGAUGUGAACUCAAGCAUCUAUAAUGUACCGUAUAUCAAUUUUCUAGAUGCCGACGAAUUGUUAAAAGAAGUAUUGGUAUUUUUACUAGUUAUUCUGGAUAAAGUGGAUACACAAUAAGUCACAGUGAUUAAAGGGAAUACCAAACUCGGAGCAGUGUGAAAUCAAAUUGUGGACAGCACGCACGAUUAUGUUUUUUCUGCUAAUAUUGAACAUAAACAUUAAUGUGGGUCUUGUUUUAACCAUACAGGACGCGUCUCGGAUGUUUAAUUCUUUAUCUUUGGAAAUUUAAUUCUAUCUCGUUAAAAGUUCUAGUACCUGCAGGUUGACAAAGAUAAGAACAGGUAUAUGAAUUUGCUAGCAGUGUAUAUAGUAGUCCUCAGGUUGGGCAGAUAACCAUUUUACCUCUCGCGAUAUAGACUGGCACGAAGGGUAUAAAUACUUGGCCGUAGGAAAACAAGCAGUAAAUUGACUGUGUAAACCUACUGACAGCCUGUUGACAUAUUAAUUUCUGAACAUUUCAAACAGGACACAAUCAAUUACUGUUUGUCCGAGCUGGACGCCCUGUUUGGAUCUGGUUACUUCUUUGGAUUUCACUGAAGUCAUGUAGAGGGAACAGAAUACUGUGAACAUUAAAAGGAGUUAUUGUUUUAUUACGUGAGUGAACAGUUACCCACAGUAACCAUGAUUCAAGCUGGGAACCUUAACAUUGUGUCAAUCGGCGGAGGUCGUGUCAAGGGCAAGGUCAUUCGUGGUCGAUCACAGAGCACCAGUGCUGUGCCCCAGACAGAGGUGAAAGACAUGCAGAAGAGCGGGGGCAUGAAACCUCCAGAUCCCGUGACCCCGGACACUCCGAUUCCGGACUACGAGGAUGACAUGGAAGAGGUGAGGCUCCGCCCACAGCAGCGCCGGUUCUUUCGGCAAUUCAGCAACAUCAUCAGCAGCAUUGUUUCAAUAGAUGACAGCUACGAUCUCCCUGAACCAGAACCGGACUAUCAGGAUGACGACGUGAUCGACGCGCCAACGGAAAAGGAAAACACCAUCGAUAUGUUGUCCCAUUCUCUGCAAGAAAAAGUGAUUUUACGUGAAAGGAAAUCCUCCAAUUCAGACCUAGACAAAAGACUUUCUGAUCCCGGGAAUGACGAGUUACUCAUAAAACCCAAGAAGCUGGCUAAUCCGUGUAUAGCGUCGCCCGCUAGGAUGGCAGUACACAAGGAGCUGCUACUGAAUUAUAAAUUGGGUAAAAAUGUCCUGGAAAAACCCGAGCUUAACAAAGUGUUCGAAAAAGUGAAAGAAAAGCACCGCGUUCAAGAAUGGGAGUCCCAAAAGAAACCAAAUAAGCGAACCAGUUUAGAAAUGAAACUGGAGCAGCAGGCUUCACGGCUGAAAGAGCAAGAAGAUUCAAUGAAACCAAUCAAAGAAAAGGCAGAGAAGGAGUCUGAACUCUCACGGAUACAAUCCAAAAUCCUCAGCAAGUCCGUCAACGGUACGGCCGGCAACAAGAAGGUCUAGCAGAAAUCCAGGUCACCCUCAUCUUCAUCCAUCAACUGAGAGAAUAUGAUGUCAACAUUUCUUUUUAUACAGAUAUAUGAAUAUAUUUUUUAUUGAUUAUUAUGCGAUGUCAUUCAGUUAUGUCCAGGUGAAUGUAGCCUAACACUUGGUGGACAUAGCUAUUAGGGUAUUUGACUAUUUUUGGGAAACUGAAGAUAAAAUGUGGAACCGGCACUUGAACUUGUGUAUGAUGGGAUUAUUUUUACAGGAAAAUUGUAGUGCAUUCUAAUGAUAGACCUUGCCUGUUGUUUCCAGGUCAAAUAAUGAUGUGGGUCUUAGUCUUAUAUUUUGGUUCUCCCGCUUUACGUAUACAAUCUUAAUAUAAUCCUAGUCCCCUACGAUCCCUUAGAUUUUUUAAGAUCCCAUGGAAUUUAUUGACAAUCUUUGUUAAUUAUAACAAAUUCGUGUGAAUUUUUUUUGAGGAUCCCAAGGAUUUUCAAGUACAUGUAAUCAAUAGAAAGUCGGCAGUUUUAUAUAUCAACGUGACUGGUGUGAGCAAUAAUUUCACCUUUUAUGGGCUAGUCCAUGGAGUGAAGGCUUAGUUGUCAGAUCAGAUGUGCAUAAAACACAAGAUUUAUCUCGCACAAGAUGUUGUAAUGUGAGCAGGCUUCCCUUGAUCUGUCUAUGACAUGUAUUAAACAUUUGCUUGUGUAUUGACGUAAAGAUGCGUUAUUUGCUCUGUGUGUGUUUUGGUAUAUAUGUGUAUUAGAGAGAAGAUUGUGUACUGAUGCAUACAUGACAUCAUUUUCAUCAUAUGGCUGUGUAUUUUAUAUAUUGAAAUGAGGCAUUACAGACCUAAAUCCCAAUGUUUGCCUCUUCGUAUGACUUAACAGUACUAUUAGCUAGAAUUUUUCUUGUUUUGUGUUGUACUCAUUUGAAGUAAAACACACCAUAUUGAUCCUUCUCUGUUUUUUGUUUAGAAUUUUUGCAAUUUCAAUCAAAAUUUGACGGACAUUCAAUAAGUAUUUACCAGCAGCAUAUGACACUGCUGUAAUACUUGCACUUUUUAAAAAAAAUUUGUUAUGUUUACGUUAGAUGUGAAAUUUUUUGGUCAGUUUUCUUUUUGAUACAGGGAAAUAUUCUACAUUUUACAGUAGUUGGUUCCCUCUUAUUGUUGUUAGAUUGAAUGAGUGUUCAGAGGCAUAUAAGAAUAUGAUAGGAUUAGCACAUUGUUUUGAUUUAAAUAAACACUUGUACUGGUAUAUGUAACAAACUGCAGUCAGUUAUGAAUACAUGUACUUAAUCUUUCAAUAAUUUAAAACAGCAAAUUCUUAUGCUUUAAAAAAUUGACCAAAACUAUUUUUGAAAACAAACUUAAGUGUUGGAAUUAUGAAAAUCCUAGUAAAGUGUUUUCCAAAAUUUAAAAGCUUAUAUGGUCAUCCUUAAAAAAUUGCUUGUUUGGAAUUGCCGCCUGGGGCUCCCUCCAGACUCGGGAUGGAGGAAGGGAACUUUUUUUUUUCUACGAACUUGGAAGUUUACAGAAACUAAUUAAAAAUUGGUAAAAAAUCAAAAUCUCCAUAUAUAAACAUUCUUUAUUUUUUGCUCACAAAAUCUAAUCAAUUGGGGGGGGGGGGGGGGUGUUUCAAUAAGGCGGGAGGCAAUUAAUUCCAAACAAUAAUUUUAUUUGGACCUAAAGUGAUAAGUCAAUAUUAAUAUACAUGUACAUGUAUUCUACAGAACUGCACAUUAUUUACACGUCUUCCCUUACACAAGAGAUGGUAUUAACUUUAUUCACCUGAACUAAAUAUAACCUAGCUAUAUACCCUCCAAGUUGGUCAAUCAAAACAAGAAUAAAUGAACUUUGGGAUUUUUGAAGGGGAAUGGGGGGAGGGGGGGUAAUAAUCAGUGCCAUUGUGUUCUUUAUCAGACAUUUGACUUAUCGACACAGUAUUUAGGUGCAGAAAGGGUCUGAACCACCAGAACCCUAAAUAAUUUUUAGGUACACCAAUCUUGGGGGCAUUAACUCCUCUCUUUAAACCUUUGUCCCCGGUAAAAGUAUACAUGCAUGAUAAUUAUGCUGAUCAAAAAUACUCUUUUUCCUGAUUAAAGUUCAUGUAGAGUUUUGUGCGCAGUGCUCAUUCAAAGCCCUGCUUCACUUCAUUGUAAGCCAGAUAGUUUACAAAUUGAAUCCAAAAAAGAUAUAAUACCUUUUUUCAUUUUCUAAAUAGGUGAGACAAUUAGAGAUUAUAAUUUUAAGGUCAUAAUAGGGCUAUAUUUAGACCAACACCUCAUGAAAUUGUGUCCAACUCUUUGAAAGCACAUUUAGCAAUUAUAUUUCUUGAUGAUUCCUCGACUCUAAGAAACUACAAUGACAAUAAACAAACCCCUCGAUUCAGAAUUUUAUUUUUGGUAUUAUUGCUUAAUUGAUAGAAUCCAAACACAUAUCACAUCAGUUGGUGCUAUCCUUACAUUAUAAAUGUAGAAAAAACUUGAUAGCAUAAUUGUAUUAUUUUUUCUUCGUUACCCCAGUUUCCUUUCAGAGAUCGCAGUAAGUGUACCGGUACUUAAAUUCAGCAUGGUUAUAUUCAAAAUGGACCAUUUGUGAUUAAAGAUCAAUAUUUGAAACUUUUGGGGCCAUAAAUUGAUUUUUGUCCAUUUAAUUACAGCUUUAACCAUGCAAAGUAGCUGUAAUAUGUGCAUGGGACCUGAUUACCGUGGUAACAAGUACACGUUCUAUUGGAGAGACUGAAAUAAUUGCAUUGCUGUCGUGUUCUUCUGCUUAGAGAGGGUUUAAUUCAUGUCCAAUUUGAAUAUUAUGUUUUAACUUGGAUAGAAUAGUAUUAAUUGUAUAGAACUACUUGAUGACCUCAUUUAAAAUUUUGUAUUAUGCUAUAUGAAUUAUUUAUUAAAUGUUACUCAAUUAAAA